AUGGUUUCGCUGGACAGGAUAAAAAAUAAACCUCCAGUGUCCCUUCAGCUGGUGUUUUUCGAUGGGGAGGAGUCGUUUGAAGAGUGGACGCCCUCAGACUCGCUGUACGGGUCCCGUCACCUGGCCGAGCGCAUGGCCAACACGCCUCACCCUGCAGGGUCCACACACACCACCAUGCUCCAGGCUGUGGACCUCUUUGUGCUUCUAGACCUGCUCGGUGGUUCUGACCCUCUGAUAGUGAAUCACUUUGAUAACACCGCUCGCUGGUUCGACCGUCUGAUCGCUGCAGAGAAGAGACUCCAUCGCCAGGGUCUCUUGACCUCUCACCCCUCAGAGCAGACGUAUUUCAGAAAGGAUGUUUACCUUGGCCCUGUGCAGGACGACCACAUCCCCUUCCUACACAAAGGCGUCCCUGUGCUACACGUCAUCGCCACUCCCUUCCCUCGGUUCUGGCACACACUGGACGACACAGAGGAGAACAUGCACCGCCCCACUGUGGUGAACCUGACCAAGAUCAUGGCUGUGUUUCUGGCAGAAUAUCUGGGCUUCUGAAACACAAAACCCUGACCAAUAGCCGCACUGGAGUACUGGUGCGGUUUGUCACGCUGAUGACAAAUAAUUGCUAAAUAACCAGCAUGAAAUUGAUCCAAAUGCACAAGAGCUGAACCUGGUGAAAUGAACUGAACUGUUGUGUUAUCAGUGUACCAGGAUACCAGCUAAAACUUUACCAAAGACUUGGCCCGGCUAGACCGACCCCUGUCCAGAUGUCUGGGAUGUGAUGUGUAUAGACAGUCUUUAUUCUACAUGUUGAAAGGUGGUUGGAUCAUGGUACCGGAGGAACAGUUGGGAAAGUUGAUCUGUGAAUCUUAAUUAUUCUUCAUUCCUGUGAAAAAAUAGAUCAUGCCUUUUUAAAAGGUAUACUAUGGAGGAUUUUCAUUUUAACAAAUGUGAAUAUACCCUCACAAAAUAAUCUGUUGCAAUCAUCACUUAUGACUCGAUAGCAGUGUGUCUAUCCGUCUCUCUCCUCUGCUAUGUGUCAUGGAUGCAGAGCAGAAAGGCCACAGCAGCCGAAUAUAAGGUGCUUUUUGACUGCAUUCACAACAACUUCAGCAAUCUAGGUUGUGCGGAGAAGUUGUUAUGUUUAUUUGUACCCUAAAUCUGUAACACAAAACAAAAUCUGACCAAUUCUUCCUCAGAUUCCUUGCUUCCUGCAAACAUCGCUUACUCUCUCUUUUGUUGAGUUGGGGAGGAGGCACCGGCUUUGAAAGAUGUGUUUAGAAACAGCAAACAACAAUUCCUGCAUAGUAUACCUUUAAAAAUAAUUGCCCUGUUAAUGCGAUUGAGAUGAGUACACUGGUUCAUGUCUGUGAAUAAUUAUUUACCUCCACUUACCUGAGGAUCCUCUUCGCCUUACGACCUGCUGUUAUUAAAUGCUAUAUUAUAUGGCUAUACAGCAAAUGUGUGAAGGUGUUAUUACAGUGAACAAGAUCCAGCAAAUGUGUACUUACACCAUGUACAAGGUGUGGUCUGCAAAUAAAGCUCUAAUGAUUUGGAAGAUUUGUCUUCGACCUUGA